CAGACACAUACAUAGAGAGAGAAACAAGCAGGUGACACAGGGGAAAGGGAAAACACUAGAAACGCAAGGAAUGACAGGAGGCGUGGCCGUGACAGAGAUGUCUUAACUUGCAUGUCUGUCUGACCGUCUUUCUGAGCAUGAUGGUGGGAGCAUUCUUGUGGGGAGGUCUGGCAGACAAAGUUGGCCGUCGGCGCUGUCUUAUUGUGGCAUUAGCAAUAAAUUGUGUCUUUGCCUUCCUGUCUUCGUUCGCCCCGGGCUAUGGCUUCUUCCUCUUCUUCAGGCUGCUGUCUGGCAUUGGUAUUGGUGGCACAGUGCCAAUCGUGUACUCGUACUUCUCCGAGUUUCUUCAGAUGGACAAGAGAGGAGAGCAUCUGUCCUGGUUGUGUAUGUUCUGGAUGAUCGGUGGGAUCUACGCUUCGUUCACUGCCUGGGGAAUCAUACCCAGAUACGGCUGGGGGUUCAGUAUGGGCACAGAGUUUCAGUUCCACAGCUGGCGGUUGUUUGUCCUGGUUGCGGCACUUCCUGCUAUUGCCUCUCUGGUUGGACUCACCUUCAUGCCUGAGAGUCCACGAUUCCUCCUGGAGAAUGCCAAGUACGAUGAGGCAUGGAUGAUCCUGAAGCAGGUCCAUGACACCAACUGGAGGGCCAAAGGACAGCCAGAAAAAGUCUUCACUGUGACUCACAUCAAGGCACCUAAGACAGCAGAAGAUGAGUUUAUUGAGAUUCAGAGUGCUACAGGAACAGCUGUACAACGAUGGGCUGUACGCUCACUAACACUCUGUAAACUGGUGUUGAGGAACAUAGCAUCACUCCUGUCUGCAGAACUGAGGUUUGCUACAAUCUUUAUGGCCAUCAUCUGGUUCUGCAUGGCUUUCAGUUACUAUGGUCUGUCUGUUUGGUUCCCUGACAUGAUCAAACACCUUCAGUAUAUGGAGUACGAGUCAAAGGUCAAGGUGUUCCAUAAAGAACGUGUGGAGAACUUCCGUUUUAACUUUUCUUUAGAAAACCAGAUUCAUAAAGAAGGGGAAUACAUUAAUGACAAGUUCAUCAGUAUAGAGAUGAAAUCAGUGAGGUUUGAGAGCUCACUGUUUGAAGACUGUCGCUUUGAAGAAAUCAAGUCCACAGACACUGUGUUUGAGAACUGCACCAUCCGUUCUACUGUCUUCUAUAACACAGACCUGUGGGCAGAGAAGUUCAUUGACUGUAAGAUGCAGAACACAACCUUUGAGCUCAACAAAUUUGGCUGCCAUCUGGACACUGUUGAGGAGAACGACGUUCUCAUAUACCUGGUCAGCUUCCUGGGCAGCCUGGCUGUGUUGCCAGGCAAUAUCAUCUCUGCCCUCUUCAUGGAAAAGAUCGGCAGGGUCAAGAUUAUAGGUGGCUCCAUGCUCAUUUCAGCAGGCUGUACCUUCUUCCUGUUUCUGAGCUUCAGCCAAUCAGCCAUCAUUGCCUUGCAGUGUCUGUUCUGUGGUGUCAGUGUAGCUGCAUGGAAUGGCAUUGAGGUGGUGACUGUGGAGCUGUACCCUACUUCUAAAAGGGCCACAGCAUUUGGCGUGCUGAACGCUCUGUGUAAGCUGGCGGCAGUGCUCGGCAGCUCUAUCUUCACCAGCUUUGUGGGCAUCUCCAAAUUCAUCCCCAUCCUGCUGUCCUUCACUGCGCUAGUGUGUGGUGGCCUGGUGGCCCUCAAACUACCCGACACGCGCGGUAAAAUCCUCCAGUGAGGUCUUGUGAGAUCUGGGAGAUGGGAGUCAUAAGCGGAGGGAGAGGCCAAAAUAUACUGUAUGUGCUUAAUAUUGGAAGCUUUUUUAAAUGCAUUUGAAAUAAAUUUUAAAUUGGAAAUAGCUUAUACCUAUUAAAUGUAAAAUGCCAAAGUUUCUUUUUUUAUAUCAACCAU